UCGAUGAAUUUGAUUCUCUCAAGUAGUUUCUUCUUAUUUUUCUCCAUUCCGUCCACGAACAGCCGCAGUCCAAUUGUCGUCACCUUAGUUACUGUUUUUCUUCAGCAACAAUGGCCACCGUUAUGCAGAAGAUCAAAGUCAUCGAAGAUGAGAUGGCGAAGACUCAGAAGAACAAAGCAACAGCUCAUCAUCUGGGCUUGCUCAAGGCUAAACUUGAAAAGCUACGGAGAGAACUCCUUACGCCUACAUCAAAGGGAGGAGGUGGUGCAGGUGAAGGUUUUGAUGUUACCAAAAGUGGAGAUGCAAGAGUUGGUUUAAUAGGCUUCCCUUCGGUGGGGAAAUCCACUCUUCUGAACAAGCUGACUGGGACAUUUUCAGAGGUGUGA